AUGCAGAAAUUGAAGAUUCACCUUCACCCUAUACUGUCUCCAACCUCUCUUUCACACGCUUUUUUAAGAGAUGAUGAGAUUUCGCAACAUUUAGUAUUACGUCGAGCUAGCACGUCUACUAUCGCGCAAAGUAUAAUAAUAAAUGAGAAUUCAAAAUCAACUCCAAUAGGAAGUGAAGCUACGAGAGAAGUAGAUAUAAAAGAAGAGGAAGAGGAGAAAUAUUGCCAAGAAAUCAUUAACGUUGUGGGUUUAAGAGAUAGAGAUGAUGAUUAUGAUUUGUAUGAAAGUAAAGAGGAAGCGAUUUUCCGUACAGAAAAAAGUUUUUGGAAAUGCAAAAUAUCCUUGACAUACCGCUGGGAAUCAAAAGAUUCUUAA